AUGAGUGAUUCAAGGUCAAUUUUGGUCUAGAAUCAUCCCUCCAAAUUGUUUUUUCUUUCACGUUAUAAUAAAUAAGUGUGAUUUUCGCAUAUUUUUUUGUUUUGAUAUCCGGUCUUCGUACGGUGUAUUUUGUAGUCCCGGCUUUGUGCGGUGUAUGUUGUUGUCUCGUCUUCGUCUUUGUGCGAUAUUUAUUUGUUUCAGGUUGAAAGAUUAGUUCGAUCUAGUGCAGAUUCAAUCGAUAUUGACUUUUAGUGUCCUCAACACUACAGAUCUAGAGGCAAUGAUAUUUUAGACACUUUAAUAUAGUCAUAUUUAAAUUUGUAAGCUUAUACAAUCUAUUAUUUUAUACUAUUAACAUAAAUACUAAAUUUGUUCGUAGAUUUAUUUUUUUCAUUUUUAGCGACUUUAAUUUGUAUGAUAUCAUAUCCUCUAUCAAUUUGGUGAAUCAAGUAUAACUGGCCAGCCCCUGCAACAUUGGAAAAUAAAUUAUUGAAUUUUUUGACUUUAUCACCAUGAAACUCAAACUCUCAUAUGUAUCACCAUCUUCUUCUUCCUAUCAUUCUCUCAUGGAAGCUCGUCUCAAAAUCUUCAACCCUUCACUUUUUCGUCGCCAAUUAACCCCCAAAACCAAAACCACACCACCCUUUUUCCCUCUCCUCAAAAUCUCUCCAACUCGAGCUUUUUCUUCUCAUUCACCAAUUCCUCCAAAUUCAGAUCCUCACACUCAUAGAUUCUUCUCUUCAGUCACAACUUCUCAAAAUCUCAACUUUUCAAACCCCAAUAAAAAUCUCAACAACCCAUUUACCUCAAAAUUACAAUCCAGCAAUAUUGUUUGGAACCCAUCUUCGGAAAAUGGAAAUCAAGGUUUUUUCAGUGGCAACAACAAAAACUGUGUUGUUACAGUGGUUUUAUUGGGGUGGCUUGGAGCAAAAACUAGACACUUGAAAAGAUAUGCUGAAUGGUACAAUUCACGUGGUUUUCAUGCGGUUACUUUUGUUGUUGAUGUAAAAGAGAUUCUUGGAUUUGACCUUGGAGUUGUGCUUGAAGAAAGAAUUUCUGAAUUUUCUGACCAAUUAGUUUCAUGGGUUUCUUGUGAGGAAAAUGAUGGAAGAGAAAGAUGUUUGGUUUUUCAUACUUUUAGUAACACUGGUUGGUUUGUGUAUGGUUCUAUUCUUGCUAGAUUUAUGGAUAGUUAUGAUGUUAUGGAGAAGAUUAAAGGAUGCAUUGUUGAUUCUGGUGGAGCAGAACCUUUUAAUCCUCAGGUCUGGGCUGCUGGUUUUGCUACGGCUAUAUUGCAAAAACGCAGCUCUUCAGCCCAAGCUUUAGUUGACGUAGGAAACAAGCUUAAAUCAGAGACAAAGGUUCAACAAAAUGAACCUUCCAUAAUUGAAAUUGUGGUGUUGUCACUAUUAGACAAGAUAUUCUCAUUUCUUUUGCAGUUGCCGGAGUCAAAACAGAGGUUAAGGAAGGUUUUCAAUCCCCUUGCGGAACACCAGCCUUGCCCCCAGCUCUACCUGUAUAGUACAGCUGACAAAGUAAUCCCGUUUCAAUCGAUAGAAGCGUUCAUUGAGGAGCAGAGGAAGUUGGGAAAAAACGUGAGAUCAUAUAACUUUGGUUCAUCUCCCCAUGUGGAUCAUUAUAGGAAUUUUCCGGACGUAUAUCUUUUGCAAGUUUCCGAAUUCUUGAAUGAUUGUUUUGAUACAGACAAACAGACCAAACAUGCAUCGGUUAAGUUCCAGUCUUGAAGUGUAACAUUAUUGAUGCGAUCGGUGCUAAUUACUGGUAAUUAUACAAUAGCACAAUUCUUUUGAUGAUUAAUAUAAACAAGAUCAAGUGACUAACAGAAACACAUCAUGGCAAACUGAUGAGGCCCAAGUUUCUGGUUUUGUUAAAUCAAUGAAGCAGUUUAUAUGAAUCUGAAACUACGUGCCUAUACUCGGAACAAAUUGAUUCAAAUAUUGGUCAGAUACUCAGAUGUACUUUAUUUCACCUCUAUAUACAGCUCUGCAAGUUGGAAGAGAGGUCUUAACAUUUAAUGCAGCAAGCAUUAUUUUUGUAGUUGGGAUUGCUAGAAAUGUAGGAUCCUGAACUUGGGGUGGGAAAUAUCCCAAACCCAAAAUGAAAUUCAUCUUUGUAAUGUUCUUUGGUCAAUAUUAUUUUAUUAAAUUGGAGUUGGAACUGCUUUCAUAUUUCAA